ACAAGGCGAACUUCGUUGUUAUACCGGGCGCGCGCUUGUAACAUAACCUCGCAUCGUCGUUGCGCUCGGCAACAUGUCAUCAUCGUGCACAGAUCUGCUGCGACUGAACGACAAACGCUUGUUCCGAGACAUCAAGACGAGCCUGCCGACCGACGUGAAGGAGACACGGAACAUCCUCGAGAUUUGCGACAACGUGCUGUACGUGUGGAAAGCCGACAAUUGCCGUGUGCUCACGCUUAACCUCGCGGCGACUCGCGCCGAGCCCGGCGAGGACGUCUUUUACCAGUCUCUACAACCGACGGACCCGCCGAUCUUCGACAUCACCAAUGUGCUGAUAAACGAGACAGUGACGCAGCUGGCGUUAUGGGGCAGCUUGGGUAUCUCUCUCGUGGAGCUGCCGAAACGAUGGGGCAAGGACACUGUUUUCGAAGGCGGCAAGGACACGAUCCUCUGCACAAAUCACAACUUCGGCGACUUUGGGGCGACCACGGAAAUUCAGCGCGUGCGAUGGCACCCGGGCUCGACGAGUGACUCGCAUUUGCUGGUUUUGACAUCCGAGAACUCCUUCCGUUUGUACGAAUGCGAGCUGGGCGGUGCACCCAGGCUCGUAAAAUGCUGGAAAGUCGGCCGCGCACCCUCGAGCUCGCCCCCGAGGAAGAUCCCGGACUUCACGUCCCUCGGCGAGAUCGCGGUGGACUUUGAUUUCGUCACGCCCACGUUGAAGAAACCGGAAAUGUUCGUCAACAGGAGCAUCGAUGAGGUGAAAAAAGUUAUCGAUUGGAAUCACAUCGAGUGGCCGAUCCUGAUCCUUCGAGGGAACGGCGAAGUGCUGAUCGUCCGCGGGAACAUCCUUUUGGAGAACUACGAGGAUCCGGUGGUGUUGGGCUCACUGUCUAUAUAUCCACCGAGUGACGAUAAUUACGGGAUAGAUUCAUGCUCUAUCAUGUGCCUGCAAACUACCCCACCGAUAGUGGUCAUCGCCAUGUGCACCGGAAAGAUUUAUCACGCGAUAUUACUGCGCGAAGUACUGGAUGACGACGACGACGACAGAAAAACUUGGUCGCAGUAUGGCUCAACCUAUAGUCUUCAUACACCGGACGAUGCACUCUACGUCUAUGAAUGUGUCGAAUUAGAACUGGGUCUUCUCUUCACGGACGAUGACAAAAAAUAUAACUGUCCCGUCUAUCUUCAUGGCGAUAAGGGCAACAAAUCGAGAUAUUUUUGUUCUCAUAACGCCGGAAUUCACAUAGUGAGUUUGCCGAUGGUUUCUCAACUGGAGGAAUUCAUAGGUGUACCGAAUGAUAAAAACGAUAAUCACUUGCCUGCCUUAUCGAAUCAGUCGACUUUGCAGUACUUAUUUUCCACAAGAACGAAGCACACGAACAUAGACGAGGCUACGCCGAUAUUUGGUUUCGGUCUCCUUCAAGAACCAUGCGUUUUGGUCGCAUUGCUGCACACGGGCAUUGUCGUUGAUCUUUCAGUCAUAGAUUUGCAUUAUCUUCCAGUAGCGAAACAACUCGAACCUAUCGUUAACACCAUGAAAAAAAUGGACAAGGAACCAUUCGAUGCGUACAUAAAAAAAUUGCUAAAACGUGACAUAUCGCAACCCAUAACUAAAAUAGGAACUCGCUCGAUGUCCUUGAGCGAGUGUUUAGAGCUUCUGUAUCACGCCACAAAUAUAUUUCGUACCCAACACUUUGUUCGACACGACAAAGUCCGGGAAGAAAUCAACAAGAAAGUACAUGCUUUGAAGGUCUUGAAAACCCAUUUGUUAAAAGAACUCGACGUUUUAAUGGAAACAAAGAAAGAAUUGCGACAUAACGCAGAGCGUUUAGCCGAACGAUACGAAGAUAUCAAUGAUAAGCAGAAGGAAUUGGCAUGUCGGGCAAAGGAAGUUCUACGGUCGAUAAAUCACAAAAAACCUUUCCUAACAGCUGCCGAACGAGCAGAAGCAGAAGAAUUGAAAAAGAUGAACAUGAAAAUACACAACAUAGAAACUCGACUUAAACAACUCAAGAAAAAAUUUGAUCAACAAACUGUACACGUAGACAUCACUGAUUCCAAUGAGAAAAGGAAAGAAAUUGUUUUCACGCGUAAUCAAGAGGAAGCGAUAAAGGAAAAUCUUAGUCAAAUGGCAAAAAAUAUAAAAAAUUUAAUAUCCCAGGUGAAACAUAUAAAAACAGAAGUUAGUUUGUCAUAUAUUAACAAACAGUAAUACAAUAAAUAUUAUUUAAUUAAA